AUGGCGCUCGCGUCUCUUCUGGUCAUCAUCAUCGUCUCAACUCCUCAGGAGUUGAGACGAGGAGCGAUUACUGCCGUCCACAACGUCGAUGAGGCUCAUCCUCCACAGGACUUCCUAUUCAUCAUCUAUCCCAAGAGCGCGAUGGCUUUCGAAGCUACCUUCCCCACGUGCGAGUUCUUUUACGACCUGUCCCUCGAUUGCGCGCGCGAAUAUGACAAAGACGAUCUCAUGCGUUUCUUCGUGAACUUUCCCAACUUGCGCACUCUGCAUCUCACGGAGGACAUGCUACCUAACGUACUUUUCUCUCGUCUGUCUCCGCCGGAGCCUGGAGCAUGA